AUGCAGCGCGCGGGCGGCGGCGGCGCCCCCGGGGGCGGCGGGGGCGGCGGGGGCGGGGGCCCGGGCGCGGCGUUCUCCAUCGACGCCCUGAUCGGGCCGCCGCCGCCGCGCGCCGGCCACCUGCUCUACACCGGCUACCCCAUGUUCAUGCCCUACCGGCCGCUCGUGCUGCCGCCCGCGCUGGCGCCCGCGCCGCUGCCCGCCGGGCUCCCGCCGCUCGCGCCGCUCGCCUCCUUCGCCGGCCGCCUGACCAACACCUUCUGCGCGGGGCUGGGCCAGGCCGUGCCCUCCAUGGUGGCGCUGACCACCGCGCUGCCCAGCUUCGCGGAGCCGCCCGACGCCUUCUACGGCCCCGAGCUCGCCGCCGCCGCCGCCACGGCCUCGCGCGGCCACCCCGAGCCCGGCGGCCGCCGCCAGGAGGGCGGGCCGGAGCCCGAGGAGCUGCUGCCGGCCCGCGAGAAAGUGUCGGAGCCGCCGGCGCCGCCGCCGCAGCACUUCGCGGAGACUUUCCCGAGUCUGCCGGCGGAGGGGAAGGUGUACAGCUCGGAUGAGGAGAAGCUGGAGGCGGCGGCCGGAGACCCAGCGGGCAGCGAGCAGGAGGAAGAGGGCUCGGGCGGUGACAGCGAGGACGACGGCUUCCUGGACGGCUCUGCGGGGGGCCCGGGGGCUCUCCUGGGACCUAAACCGAAGCUGAAGGGAAGCCUGGGAACUGGAGCUGAGGAGGGGGCACCCGUGGCCCCGGGAGUCACGGCGCCCGGGGGGAAAAGCCGCCGGCGCCGCACGGCCUUUACCAGCGAGCAGCUGCUGGAGCUGGAGAAGGAGUUCCACUGCAAGAAGUACCUGAGCCUGACGGAGCGCUCCCAGAUCGCCCACGCCCUCAAGCUCAGCGAGGUGCAAGUCAAGAUCUGGUUUCAGAACCGGAGGGCUAAGUGGAAGCGCAUCAAAGCUGGCAACGUGAGCAGCCGCUCUGGGGAGCCCGUCAGAAACCCCAAGAUCGUGGUGCCCAUCCCUGUGCACGUCAACAGGUUCGCCGUGCGGAGCCAGCACCAGCAGAUGGAGCAGGGGGCGCGGCCCUGAGCGGCUCCCGAGGACGUGGGAAGGCAAAGGACUGGCCUGGGCCCGC